AACGGACGUCCACAGCUCGGAGCCGAUGCAGAGAAAGUAACGGUUUCCGUUUCCGUUUCAGUUCAUUUUUCCAUUUUCGUCUGCCGCUUUGUCAGCUCUUUAAGCAACGGUCAGUCGCGGAACGAGACGGGAACGCGACGGGCAAGACACAAGUCGCAGUCAGCAAAAUUAAAAAUAAAAAAAGUAUCAGAAGAAACGAAGUAACAACAAAACAACAACAACGACAACAACAGUGAAAACAAAAUGGAGUUGCUGGGAAUUUUAGUUUCGUGAAGUAAAGUGAAGUUAAAUAAAGUAAAAGCAAUUUAUCAGCAUCCCAAAAGUAUGCUACAGAAUGUGUGAACAACAACAACGUCUAAAAAACAACUAAAACAACAACAACUGUAAUAACAAGAAAAGCACACGCGUGUAAUUUGUCAAACGGCAGACACAAGCACACACAUCUCACAGAGACACACACACCUACGCAUAAAACAGUGUGUCAGGUGCGCGCGCGUGCCUGUGUGUGCGUCUAAAAACGCGCGCGCUUUUUAACGCUUGCACUUAAAUAAUGGAUCCGGACACAGGAUUUAGCCGUGUAACCUGUUAAAUGGUGAUCCAAUCAUAUAAAAAUAUAUAUCACCCCUUUUGCAAAAAGGCAAUGAAAUAAUCAUACGUGUAGAUGUGAAUUUCCGGAAUUUAUGCCUGUGCAGUUUUCCAUCGAUUUUCAUCUUGCGCCAACAACAGACUGGGGAUGAAAAGCCAAACAUAUAAAAAGGAUUUGAUAUUCAAAAAAUAUGCAGAAACAAGAAAAAAGGCGCGAACUGCGCCUAAAGCGAUUCUGGCGCUCGCCAAAAACAACAUCCUCGGAGGAUUCGAAUGGCUAUGAGAGUCCGACUCGAACAAAGCCAGCCAGCAGCGAUGCACAGCGAUUCAAUCAUCUGCACUAUACGAGCCUCUCCCAGGGGUCGGGCACCACCUCAUCCUCCACUGCGGCAACAGCAGCUGCAGCUGGCAAUGGAGCAUCGAGUAGCAACAAACCAUCCUGUUCGCUGCCGUUGCUGCAGGUGUGGCCCAGCCAGGACUCACCGCGCGGCGAAGCGGAUGGCCAAUCUUUCAUCUUUCCCGCCAUUGUGGAGACGAGCGUCGGCAGCACCAAUGUUGCAUCUACCAGCAGCAGCAGCAACAACAACGACAACAACGACAGCAACAAUUCAGGCAGCAGACGCAGCAACAAUCACCUGACACUGCGAACAGAGCGUCGCAGCUCCUUGUACUGUGAUACCCUGCACGCAGGCGAUUCUGGAAUAGAUUCUGUGCAGGCAUCGCCCUCACCGAAUGCGUUCAUAGCGCCGCCGGGCGUACAUGGACUGCCCAGUGGCCAAACGGGCGGCGGAUCGUGUCAUGUGUCGCCGACCAGCACGCCCACGCAGGGCUCACCGAAUCUGUCGCUGGGUCGCCGGCACAUGCGGAACAGCAUCUGUGUGGUGUCCAGCGGCGGAGCUGCCAAUUAUCGGCGAAAAUCGAGUGCGCUGCUCCAUCCGGAUCAUGCGCGUCUAUUUGCGCUCAGAAUGAAGCAUGCGGCGGCCCUGGAGCGGGCGCAAACCUCACCGGAUCAGACAUCCAUUGAGGAUGCAAAUGAGUUUCAUGACAAUGGGCUGGCCACCAAUUUGCGUUUGUGCUCGGCCUCGUCGUCGACGACGUCGUCGCUGACAUCCGUGGCAGCGGUCAGCCUGGGCGGGGGCGUGGCAGCCGCUGGUGUGGGUGGCAGUGGUGGUGGCAGCAGUGGCGGCAUUGCCACCGCCAGCAGCGGCGCCUGCUCCUCCUCCGCUUAUGCUGUCGGGGCGGCGGGCGCACAGCAGCGAGUCUCCGAUCCUUGGCUGCAGCCACAAUCCGAUCGUGACUCGCGACACGGACAUCAACACGAUGGACGCCGGCGUUCCUCGACAAUGACCGCCCGUUAUUCACUCUUCGAUGCACUCGAUCUGGAGUACGUGCUGCUCCGGGCGGCGGCGCGCGGCUCUGUGGGUCCCUACUCGCUAAGCGAGUCCAUACACAAAUUGACCUUCACACAGUCGCUGGCAUUUCCAGCGCUGGCGCGCGGUCUGGCCACCAAGCGCCGGAGAUCGGCUACGCACACCAGUUCCAGGCCGCUAAAUCCGCACGAAUCGGGCUUGAAUACGUGCGCAAAGGUUGUAACCGCUGUGGUCCUGGUGGCCAUCUCGUUUAUGGUCUUCUUGAUAGUGUACAAAUUCGUGCGCACGUGAGGUUUGCUCCUGGCCCCGACGCCAGACUUCUCCGUCACAUAUCAGACGAGCCCAAGCAAUGGGGUGGAUGCCUCCACCCCAUUCUUGUUGUCGUCCACAACGGCGGGUCGCAGUCUGGGCAAACAUUUGUCGGGGCUCAGGAGCCAAUUGGGCCUCAAAGAGGCCGACUUUGACUAACACUCAGCGGGAAAUUGUAAAAUGCAGUAACGAAAAAUUUGUGAUAAACUUUUCAAAUGAUAUACAAAUUUCCACACACACACUCAUACAAAAUUAAAAACAAGGCUUAAAACUAGUAAAAGUUAAUCGCUUGCAAGAGUUUCAAUUGCAGUCAUAGCAUUAUCAUAAAUAAGCAUUUUAAAUUUAAUUAUUUUUAUAUCAAUAAAUUGUAAGUGCUUCGGCUCGCUGCUAAAAACGCGCGUGCGCUUCAAAAUCGCUAGGAAAACGCGCAAGCGUUAAUUUUCGCAUUUCUUAGCGUAGGAAACUUAUUUACUAACAAAAUAUUAACUUCAUUGUUUAAAGUGCCUAACUAACUAACUGUUGAGCUAUAAAAUGAUUGAUUUCAAAAACGAAUUUACCAUUAUGAAAGUUCCAUUAUUAAUUGGCAGCAGGUUCAAAUAAAAAGUUUAUAAAGCAUUUUCUAGUCAAAACAAUUUUAAUCAAAUAUUUCGUACGCAUAUUU